CUCUCUCUCUCUCUCUCCUCUCUGUGCUUUCUCAGUCUUCCCUCCUGCUCUCUCUCUCUCUCUCUCACUCUCUCUCUCUGCUCGUAAGUUUUUUUUGCUUGCUCAGUGAGAAUCGAUGGAGAAGAGGCAAGGGUUUUUCUCGGCGUUGAAGGAGGAAGUGGUUCGGGGGUUGUCGCCUGCGAGGUCUAGGGCGAAGAGUCCGGCGAGGAGCCGCUCGCCGAUGUCGAGCCUUCUCAGGCGGAGGAAAGGCGGAGACCGCUCGGCGGCGGAUGCGGCGCCGCAGAUGGAGCUGGUGGUGGCGAGAUCCGGUAGCUUCUUGAGGCCGUACCCGGAGGCUCUGUCGCCGUUGAAGGAAGGUCCCGAUCCCGACGGUCCGGUCGACGGCAGAGGUCACCGGUGGGCUCACUGGCUCGCUAGGGCUCCAUCGGUUAGCUCCUCUGCAUCGUCAUCGUCGUCUGGUUCAGCCGCCGGAGAACGAUCUGAUCUGAGAUUGCUGCUUGGGGUUCUCGGUGCACCGUUGGCUCCUGUGCACGUGAGCGCAGUGGAUCCUCUCCCACAUCUAAGCAUCAAGGACACUCCCAUUGAAACCUCGUCUGCUCAAUACAUAUUGCAGCAAUACACGGCUGCUUGCGGUGGACAGAAGCUUCAGAGCUCGGUUCACAACGCGUAUGCGAUGGGACGGGUUAGGAUGGUUGCUUCGGAAUUCGAGAGUGCUAACAAAGUCACAAAGACCAGAAGCUCCUCAAAGGCCGUGGAUUCGGGUGGGUUUGUUCUGUGGCAGAUGAAUCCCGAUAUGUGGUAUGUGGAGCUCGCACUUGGGAAGAGCAAAGUUCAUGCCGGCUGCAACGGGAAGCUCGUGUGGAGGCACACCCCUUGGCUUGGCCCCCAUGCUGCAAAAGGACCGGUCAGGCCAUUGCGUCGAGCCCUUCAGGGUCUUGACCCGAGAACCACAGCCAGUAUGUUUGCUAACGCGAGAUGCAUCGGUGAGAAGAAGGUCAAUGGAGAGGAUUGCUUUAUCCUAAAGCUAUGUGCAGAUGCCGCAACUCUUAAGGCCAGGAGUGAAGGACCGGCCGAGAUUAUAAGGCAUGUACUCUUUGGUUACUUCAGUCAAAAAACCGGGCUUCUGUACCAUCUCGAGGACUCCCAUCUGACCAGAAUUCAGAACAAUGGAGGCGAUGCUGUGUAUUGGGAGACUACAAUAAACUCGUUUCUCGACGAUUACAGACCCGUGGAUGGGAUCAUGAUUGCUCAUUCGGGCAGGUCCAUAGUCACAUUAUUUAGGUUUGGGGACACAGCAAUGAGCCACACCAGGACCACCAUGGAAGAAGCUUGGAUGAUUGAAGAAGUUGCAUUCAACGUCCCGGGCCUAUCUCUCGCUCUCUCUCUCUCUCUCUCCUCUCUGUGCGCUGAACUGAGGUUCAACACACAGAGCGAAGCCUACGACUUGUCUGUGAAAACGAUGGCGAAACCUUUGUUAGGCCACCCGGGGCACUGUCCGAGACUGACCGCUGGAGAAAUGCCUCACCAUUGA